AUGGAUGAUGCGACGACCUCCUUGCUCACUGAGCACUUCAGUUACACACCCUUGUCUCUCAUAGAUGACAUUAUCAACUCGAUCAACAACCUAAUUUACCAAGCGAUUUCGAGCUUGGAGUCUGGACUCCUCAAUACACCGCCUGAACGGCUCGGUUUCUCCCAUGACAGCAGUGGUCCUAGCAUCGCGGAAACAGACGAGGAUGGCAAUGUGGUCUAUCCUGAGGCGAAGCUGGAGAUUGAGAAUGGAUUGCACCAGCUGGAGACACUACUAGAGGCCAAUGUUGAUAAGGCAUUCGACAAAUUCGAGAUAUAUGUGCUGCGCAACAUUCUCACGGUGCCCGCAGACUUGCUGUCUUGGGUGCGGUUGAAGCACUACGAGGGUCUCGCUUUCGGAUCUUCGCCAGACACGCCGACGCCAGAAACCAUACAUGCGCAGCGCAAGAAGUUAUUCGAGACGAAGAAACUGAAUCGUUCGCUAAAAGAAGAACGCACUCGGAACGAUGCAGUGAUCUCGCAACUACAAUCUAUCUUAUCGACAGUUGAAACAGCGAAGGCAGAUGGCGUGUCUACGGCCGAAAACAAACCAGUUGAUUUGUCCUUCUUGACCUCUACCCCAUCAGCACGCCAGCUUCGUGUUGGUGUCGAUGCUGGGCCGAAUUCUAAACCAACACCUCUUACAACCAACACAACAUUCAUUCUCUCGCAACUGCCCGCGUUACAGACCACACUUGAGCAGCUCCGACCGAAAUUAGCAGCCCUGCCCAAUGCAACGGUGCCAAUGGAAACCAAGUCUAAGAGAGACGAGAGAAAGGAGUAUAUCGAGAGCAGAAUUCGACUCCAUCUCGAGCGAACUGGCCAGAUUGCUAUGGGUGAUGACGGCAACCCAGUGGUCGCAGGUCGCAGAAUCGACAUCAGGGAGGCACACGCGCUUGAAAGUGUCGCAAACAUGCUUACGAAAGACAAGUCUGUGUAA